CGGGGAAGGAGCCCGAGAAGGAGUCGGCGGCACAAAAUGGCGGCGGCGACGGGGACGGCCGGGACCGGGGCCGGGACUCCGGGCUCGGCGGCCCCCGCGGCAGCGGCCGGCACGCCGGGCUCGGGCAGCGCAGCCCCGGGAUCGCAGGGGGUGCUGAUCGGGGACCGGUUGUACUCUGGGGUGCUCAUCACCCUGGAGAACUGCCUCCUGCCUGACGACAAGCUGCGCUUCACCCCGUCCAUGUCGAGUGGCCUCGACACCGACACCGAGACCGACCUCCGCGUGGUGGGCUGCGAGCUCAUCCAGGCGGCCGGCAUCCUGCUCCGCCUGCCGCAGGUGGCCAUGGCUACAGGGCAGGUGUUGUUCCAGCGGUUCUUUUAUACCAAGUCCUUUGUGAAGCAUUCCAUGGAGCAUGUGUCAAUGGCCUGUGUUCACCUGGCCUCCAAGAUAGAGGAAGCUCCCAGAAGGAUCCGAGACGUCAUCAACGUGUUUCACCGGCUUCGACACCUGAGGGAGAAAAGAAAACCUGUGCCUCUUCUGCUGGAUCAAGAUUACGUUAAUUUAAAGAAUCAAAUCAUAAAGGCGGAAAGGCGAGUCCUCAAGGAGCUGGGCUUCUGCGUGCACGUGAAGCACCCUCACAAGAUAAUCGUUAUGUACCUUCAGGUGUUAGAGUGUGAGCGUAACCAACCCCUGGUCCAGACUGCAUGGAAUUACAUGAACGACAGCCUUCGCACAGAUGUUUUUGUGAGGUUCCAGCCCGAGAGCAUCGCCUGCGCCUGCAUUUACCUCGCUGCCCGGACGCUGGAGAUCCCUCUGCCCAAUCGUCCCCACUGGUUUCUUCUGUUUGGAGCAACUGAGGAAGAAAUUCAAGAAAUCUGCUUAAAAAUCCUCCAGCUUUACACUCGGAAAAAGGUGGAUCUGACGCAGCUGGAGAGUGAGGUGGAGAAGCGCAGGCACGCCCUGGACGAGGCGAAGGCCCAGGCCAAGGGCCUGCUGCCUGGCGGCGGUGGCGGCAGUGGCACCCAGGUGCUGGAGAGCGCGUCGCGGUUCUCACCUGCCCCGAAGCCGGCAGGCUCCCCCCAGGAGGGCAAAGGAAACAAGCCCUCCCCGAUCUCUGCGAAGAAUGCCAGGAGGAGGACGGAGGGCGCGAAGAAGGCCAAGGCCGACAGCCCGGUGAAUGGCCUGCCCAAGGGCCGAGGGAGCCGGAGCCGGAGCGGGAGCCACGAGCAGAGCUACUCAAGGUCCCCGUCGCGAUCCGCUUCCCCUAAAAGGAGGAAGAGUGACAGCGGUUCCACGUCUGGCGGGUCCAAGUCACAGAGCCGCUCGCGGAGCCGGAGUGACUCCCCGCCAAGACAGGCCCACCGCAGUGCCGCCUAUAAGGGCUCCAAGGUGAGGGGCUACCACAAGGCCAAGGACUGCAAGUUCUCCACGCAGAAGCCCCGCAAGUCCCGCAGCCGCAGCUCCUCCCGCUCUCGGAGCCGCUCAAGGGAGCGGGCAGAUAAUUCUGGAAAAUACAAGAAAAAAAGUCACUACUACAGAGACCAGCGACGGGAACGUUCUCGAUCUUACGAGCGAACAGGUCGUCACUACGAGCGGGACCACCCUGGGCACAGCCGGCACCGGAGGUGAGGCGCCGGGUCCCUCAGCGCGCACACCUCAGCCCCUGGCCCCGGGGCACGGCUCUUUCUUGGAAACGGCUGUUGACCCUGGGCCUCGCGAUGACUUUGGAGACGGAAUUGAGAGGCGGGCAAGGUGCCCUCUAGCCUGGCCCGGGCCCGGCCCCCACCUGUCCUGCAGGGCCCUCCACAGCAGCUGGCGGCCGAGGCCCGCGUCCUGGUGGUGUGGCUUGGUGCUAAGGACAGGCGGUCUCCACCCCCGUACAGACCCUCAAUUACGUUAAACCAAGAAAAUGACUCUUUGAACCUUUGCCUAUAUUAGGUUGUACUUAUGUACGUAUCUUGCAGUGUUUGACAUGAGAAAAUGGCCUUAACAGCCCCUCACUCCCUGCCCAUGUUGUAAAUAAACGUGUUUCGUACGUGUUAAAGCUGUAUCGGAAAACUCAGAACUUGAAUUCUGUCAGCUUAAAACAUGUAGAGGAUUCUGAUUUUUUAAAUGUGAAGGUAUUUCGAUCUGUGUUGAAAGUCCUAUAUUUUUAUCUGCGACGCUGAGUGCAGGCCACCAGCUCUAAUACCGAGGCAUUUCCUAUAUAUGCAUUUUAUGUGGUUAAAUAAACACAGUUCUCUCUACUCAGGACAUUUGGAACUUUAGAGAAUUUGUGGUGUGUCCUGCUUGCUGGUUACCGGGCCCAGCCUGCAGCAUCCGUUCUAGUGCUUUGUCUGCGCUGCCAUCUCGAGCUCAUUAAAGCGUUAGAUUUUGUACUGUG